UAUCUCUCUCGAGUUACCGAAUAUACGCAGAUACAGCAAUAUUUACUAACAAACUAAUACUAGUUAAUUAACAGCCCGAACAAUGUAUGGAGGCUCCUCCAAGCUGGGCGGCCGGGGCGUCGGUCGAGGGGGCGGUGCCGGAGGCACCAAGCGCCUCUCUUCAUUCCCUCCGCCGCCACCUCACCGGUCUUCUGCGGCCUCUAACUCUCGCCUCUCUCUCGGUGGCAGUUCAAAUCCUCGCAAUCGCUCCGGUCCCCCCGCUGCCAUGGCCGCAGCAACUGCAGCCGUCGAAGAGACAUUCUCUCUUCUUCCCGGAAAUAACCCGCUUGCCUUUGCAAUGAUUAUAAGAUUGGCGCCGGACUUGGUGGAUGAGAUCAGGAGGGUUGAAUCGCAGGGUGGCACUGCCAGGAUUAAGUUUGAUUCUACGGGUAAUACCAAUGGAAACGUUAUUGAUGUGGGUGGUAAGGAAUUCAAAUUUACUUGGUCAAGGGAAUUUGGUGACCUUUGUGACAUUUAUGAAGAACGUCAAAGUGGUGAAGAUGGAAAUGGUUUGCUCGUUGAAUCUGGGUGUGCCUGGCGUAAGGUCAAUGUGCAACGUAUGUUGGACGAAUCAACUAAGAACCAUUUUAAGAUGAGAUCAGAAGAAGCAGAACGCAAACAUAAAUCACGCAAAGCUAUUGUGUUAGAUCAUGGGAACCCAUCCAUGAAGAGUCAAAUAAAGCAAUUAGCGGCUGCUGAGUCUAAUCCAUGGAGGAUGUUUAAGCAAAAGAAAGAAUCUCCAUUUAAGAAGCGGAAAGUGGAACCAACAAUAGUCCCCAAAUCUAAUCUAAAACCUGGAGUUCCUUCAACUGCUAGUGCAAAGGGUAGACGCUCAUCUUCACCUCUGCCAUCUACUCCUGAACAAUCUGGCACUCCAGCAUCUCCAUUUGGAACAGGAAAUGUUACUAAGAAUAAUGUGAGCACAGACGAUGUGGCACCAAUGCAGAUAAAAAGUAAAGAGAACGCCAGUAACACAGAGAAAGAAUUACAGACUAGGGCACCUAGUGCUGUACGGGAGACACCAGGGCCCAAAGGGAACUUUGGCACUAAACCAACCGAUUUACAGAGUAUGUUGAUUACUUUGCUGAGUGAGAAUCCUAAAGGGAUGAGCUUGAAGGCCUUGGAGAAAGCUAUUGGGGAUAAAAUUCCCAACUCUUUUAAGAAGAUUGAGCCCAUUAUUAAAAAAAUUGCAAUUUUCCAAGCUCCCGGAAGAUAUUUGUUGAAACCAGGAGUGGAGUUGGAAAGCUUCAAGAAACCUUCAUCUGAAAGCGGAAGUUCUCCUGAAGAAAAUCUCCAGCAUACGCUUGUUCGUGAGGAUAACCGUGAUCACAAACCUGCUCCAGGAUCAAGAUUUGCAGAGAAAAGCCAUGCUGUUGGAUUUGAGGAACAUGGCCAAUCAAACUCUAAAUUUGAAGAAGAAUCAAAUGCAUUAGAAAAAGUUGAAAUCCAACAGCAUUCUCCUGAUUUGUUUGGUGAGAAGAAAGUCUCUGACAAUAGUGAGGGACAGGCAGGUAGCUCUAGUGAUAGUGGGAGUGACAGUGAUAGUGAAAGUGACAGCAGUGACAGUGGGAGUGACAGUGGAAGUCGCAGUAGAAGCAGAAGCAGAAGUCCAGUGGGAAGUGGGAGUGGGAGUAGCAGUGACAGUGAAAGCGAUGCUUCUUCCAACAGUAAACAAGGCUCUGAUGAGGAUGUGGAUAUUUUAAGUGAUGAUGACAAAGAAUUACAGGCCCCUGAACCAGGCCUCUCGGCAUCACCAGAACCAUGGAGAUCAGGUCCAAAUAGGACGGAUGAGAAUCAAGAUGGAGAUGGAUCCGAUGCGGUCGAUAUUGAUGGUACUGGAUCUGCUGCAAUUGAUAUUGAGGUUCAUGAAUCUGAUGCGGUUGAUAUUGAGAAAGAUUUGGCUGAUGAGGACAAGGAACUUGAAUUGGCUGCAAAUGAUAGUUCAGUUCCUAUCAAAGAAGAUGAAAAACCUGUGGAAGGACAAAAAUCCAUUUUCUUUGACAAUGAUGCCAUCCAAGAGCGCCAAACUUUCAUAGGAACAUUGUUUGAAGAUAAUGAAAAUAUGGUUAGGGACAGCUUCAGACAUGAACAAUCUGACAGUUCUGAGAGGAUACCCAAAACUAAUUCCAAAAGGGCCCCUGAAAUGAAGCAUUUCGAUGAUAAAUCUGAACUGGCCAAAAGAUUGAGAGUUGAAAGCUUGGCCCAAGUUCCCAUUUCUGAGAGUAGGGAUUCCCACUUAUCUGAGAGUCCUCCCAAUAGAGAUAUUGAAGACACUUAUAGGAGCCCUGCUAUGCAAACAAUGAGUAGAGCUGAUAGGGAAGGAAAUGCUGAUUUUGGCUCACAAAAGGCAUGUAAUCAGGCAUUUCUCGGAAAACCUAUUUCUGAUUUUCAGCAACCUGGCCGAGGGACUUCUGAUAAAAUUGCACUGUCAAAAGCUUCUGAAACAGGAAGAGCUAAACAGACUGAGAGCUUAGGACAUGGUCGUAAAUUCUCUGAAAAGAAUUCUUAUGUGCAUGACGGGUUUCCUAUUCAAAGAGAAAAAGCUUCUAGAGACACUCAAAACGAGGAUAGUUUUGCAAAGGAAAAAAAGGUACCAAAAAAACCUAAGGGAGGUGGAGCUGGAGGCAGACAUUCAGCUCCCUUUGAUUCCCAUUACAGGAAACAGAGUGAAACAUUUGGGAAAUUCAAAGAUGCUGGACAAGUUACAAACUCUCACACAGGUCCCUCACUGAAGGAUAACAACAGAGUUGAUAUAGAAAAAUACCAUACUGUCAGUGGAAGAAGCCUCCAAAGAGAGCUUUCAGAAUUGGAGUUGGGAGAAUUUCGUGAGCCAUUGCUUGAAGAAACACCAAUUAAGAAACAAUUUGAAAGGAAGGGAUCUUUUAAACAGUCAGAGAACAAGCCAAGCACUUCAGAUAACUGUAAUUCAGAUUUAAGCAAGGCAAAACCUGUUGAAAAGACAUCACUGGACUCAGGAAAGCCUUCUCCCUCAAUUUUAGGUGCUGGGAUUAAGAGGACUCCUGAUCAUAAUAUUGAAGAUUUAGCCAGAUCUCACCAUAAUAUUGUGAAGUCUCAUCCACCACACCUUUCUAGGGUAGAGAACUCUGAAGUUGGAUCUCACUUCAGCAAGUUGGCAGAAACAAAUAGUAGAUUAAGACAGAAUGAACCUGGGGCAAAACUAGGAAACAGCAUGGAAAGCUAUGGAGAAAGCAAUAGAAGAGCUCUUGCAAAUUCACAGCAGCUGCAUGACUCUAAACGCGGGCCCUACUCAUUAAAGGAAAGUAAAACACAAGUAGCUAAUACUAUGGUUGACUUGGUAGAUGGGCAAAAAGAUGCAAUUUUUACUGAGGUCAAUAAUAAUGCUCUAAAGAGGAGGGAAUCUUCUUCUGAGGAAGAUGGCUCUUCUUACUCUAAAUAUGAAAAAGAUGUUCCAGAGCUGAAGGGACCAAUUAAGGAUAUUUCUCAGUACAAGGAAUAUGUGCAGGAAUACCGUGACAAGUAUGAUAGUUACUGCUCCUUAAAUAAGGUCCUGGAGAACUACAGGAGUGAUUUCCUUAAAUUGGGAAAGGACCUUGAAUUUGCAAAAGGCAGGGAUAUGGACAGAUAUCAAAAGAUCUUGGUGCAGUUGAAGGAAUCAUAUCAUCAGUGUGGAGCGAAACACAAACGGCUGAAAGGGAUAUUCAUUAUACUUCAUGAAGAACUAAAGAACCUUAAGCAACAGAUUAAAGAAUUUGCACUCUCCUGUACAAAAGAUUGAAUAUUGCAUCUUUCUUUAAAUCUAAUCUGUGGUGCAGUGUAUACAAUAGGGUGAUACAACAUGAGUGAAUUCUUCUAUUGUAAUAUAUAGUUUUGUGAAAGAUAAAAUGCUGUAUAUAAGAUUUCCUUUUACAUGCGAAAUGCAUUUUUUGACCAAUACUUUCGCUGAAUUAAAUCAAUUGUUUAUAGGAAAGAAAAGUUGUAAUCACUACUCAUUCAACUUC